ACUUUUAUUUCAAUUCUAAAAAUUGGACUGAUACAUGUACACCCUUUAAAAGAAGUUAUGAGAUCUGUUCUAUUACAUGAUUUAUUUCUGAGGAAUAAGAAAAAAAUCAUAAUGGCAUGGAUCUAAUUGACGUGACAUUUAUUCUAAAUUGCCUUAUGAAAUAACAUGUCUCAAAUACAAGUUCAAGAAAUUAUUCAGUGGUUUCGUUUAUUUUGUGGAUGUGUUGGUGUGCGUGUAUUUGUUUUAUUGUGGUGUAAGGAACUUGUUUGUACUCUUCAUUGUACAGUAGUUUUGCAAUUGUCUUGUCUUGUAAUUUUAUUCUGUGAACUACAAGUACGUUCCUAGUUGAUUCAUAAAAUGAUAAAAUUGGAAAUGACUAAGGUAAAAAAAGAUACACCCAGGAGCAAAGAGGAUUUGCCAUAUUAAAGUCAUAUAUAAAGUCAUGAGUCAUAUCAGGAAAAAAUUCCUAAUAAUAAGGUGAAUUUAUGUUUUGAUGAUGUAGUUCACUAAUACCUUUUUUUAUUUUCAUUUGCAGGAGGAUGAUUUCCAAGGCUUCACAGCUUCUGAGAUUGGAGAAUUACGGUCACCUCAACGCAAGAAAUGGACAAAGAAGGAAGAAGAGUCGCCAAAGAUCAAGAACAUCAAAGGUUCUUGGCCCAUCAUGGGACGCCGAGCAGGAAAAGAGAGUCACUAUACCAGAGGAGAUUCCUGCGCAGAGAUGAGGAGAGGAGAAUGGAACACGGCUAAACCGUACAAGAUAAAGAAUUCGAGGGUCGUGGAAGGGAGAAUACAGAAGCUCAAGAAUGGCUCUUUGGGUGGUAACCGGGAAAAGAGAUCUGUUGGUCGGCUGUCCUACAGAGAUAUGGUUAAGGGUUUGGAUGUUGUUCGACCGAAGCUUAUCCCGCCGAAGGAGCCCAGGCCACCCAGGUCUCCGAAAGCCACUUUUACAAAGGUUGGAGGGAAGGCCGAAGGGAAGAUCCGAUUGCCGUUUAUGAUGCCGAAGCAGAAGGCCAAAAGUGGACUUCAAGGGAAAGAAGCAAUGGUACCUUGGCGGGGUAAGACAAAGAUGGAGAAGGCCCAACUAUUAUUGAAGAAAGCAAGAGAAAAGAAGUCUGAAACAUCUCCCGUCAAGUUCAAGCCUUGGGAGAAGAAGAAAUUAUUGAUGGCUCAAGCUCAAAAUGGAACAUUCAACAAGGGAGGGAAAGUUAUUUGUGUGCCGAAAUCCAAACAGGUCAAUUUGUCAAAAGCCAUGGAGCUUGUGAAAAAGGCGAAGGGCGCAUCGAAAAUGAAUCAGCAAGUAUUUGGGUCGGAUACACCUGGUAAGCGAUCGGUCAAGUGCUCCAGCAAGCUUGCAGAUAUGGACAUGAAAGGGGUCGACCUGCAUUUCCUUCAUCGGAAAGUUACCCCUCCAUCCAAAAAGGCAAAGCUCUCAAAGAAAAAGUUGAAGUUGAUCGAGGAGAAGACUCCGAAACCUCCCAAGCCAAGCUUAGGGUUCGUUAUGCCAGUUAUGAGCUCUCGUUCCUCCAGGGUGAUCAAACCAACAAAAAGGUUUAUUGAGCAAGAGUUCGCUUCCAGUCUGUUUUCGCCACCAUCAUCAGCUCAGGACAGUGAUUGGUCCGAUGUUCCUUCAGAUUUAGAUGGUUCUUUCUUAACGCCACAGGCCUUUCCCACACCGGAGAUCACCACUAUCAAGGUCAAGAAACCACCAAAGGCACGCAAGUCGGAUGAGAAUGAACUUUUCAUUAAAGACAUUGAGAAGAAGAAGAAGAAGAAGGAGAAGAAGAAGAAAUCCCAAAUUAAGGAGAAGGAAGAACAGGCACACUCUUUCCAAGAUGAAUUUUUGAAAUCCAUGAAUAUAUCACCUAAGAAAAUUGAUCAUGAGAUGAAAACUGAAAAUGAAAGUGAAGCAGAGAGCAAGAGCAGGCAGCGGAAGGAGGCAAACAGGAUGUUGAGUAUGAUCAGUGCAAAGGUCAAGAAUGGAAUAACCCUGACAGGCUCGCAGGAGAAAGUGUUGUUGAGCACUCCAGAACCAAAGUGGCAACAUUUGAAAGCUGUUUACAAGAAGGUUGUCAAGAAGGAGGCAUUGGAUGAAGGCGAGACAAGAGCUCUGAGGAUAUCCCCUCUGGUGUUGUUUCAAUCCAUGAGGACGGGAGAAGAGCUUAUGCAUGUCCGUGGGAGGAUCGAUGGCCUGCCAAGUGUCAACGAGAUCCUCGAGAAAGUCAAGUCCGGGAUGGAAGUCACCGAAAAGGAGAAUGAGAAGUUGCAUUGUUACAAGAGAAUAAGUAGCGAACGACAGUCCAUCCAACGGUCAAAGCAAAGAGCUGAAAAGAGACUUCAGUCAGAAAGCGAAGUUCAGUUAGUUAAUGAGGAUGGACCGGUUGACGUCAAUCCCGCUACUCCAUGUAGCACAAGUCCGAGAGGGGAUGCUAGCCCGAGGGUAAGUGCAGCAAGCUCCAGUCCUCGGACAAAGAAGAAGCCAGAGGUAAAGCAAGAGGCGAAGCAAGAGGUGAAGCAGGAAUUGACGAAGGAAGAAAAAGCAAAACAGUUAGAACUUAAAUGUGAGCGUCUCAUGAAAAAAUUCUUGUAUGAGAAGGAGGAGUAUAUUAAGAAUAUCCAAGAGCGUGCGAAGACUCCCAUUGAAAAAGGAAUGCCUUCUUUUAGGGCUCUUAAGAGGAGGCUGAAGCAAGGAUUAGAGCUAUCUGAUGCUGAUAAUGAAAGGAUGAAGUUAAAUAACAAGAUAGUGAACUCGAGAUGGAGAAUAGCGAAAUAUAAACGUAUGCUACAAAAGGCUUACCAAGACGCUGGGAAAGAGGAAGACCUUGCCGUUCUGGAGGUUAAGGAACCUGUUGGCGUUGAACUAGGGGGUGACAGUCUUGGUCUCUCCCCGAACUCGCGACGGUUGCUCACUAUGGGUUCUGCAUUGUACGACAGUCAACAGGAUGCGUUGAAGAAAAGGAAGAAGAAAAAGAAGAGCAAAACGUCUGUCGAGUUACAGGUUGGGGGUGUUCCGCUCACAAGGGAGGAGCGGUUGAAGCUAAAAAAGAAAAAGAAAAAGAAGAAAUUAAAAGGAGGUGCAAGGGAAGAAGACAAGGCAGGAAUCGGUAUGGGAGAUUCGGGCAAGAAAGACCAGACAUUGCGGAAGAAGAACGCCUCUUCUAAGCUGCUCCUUAAGGCAAAGCAACGGAAGCAGAAAGGCAAGGGCGUGAAGCUGAAGAAGUCCGCUGCAAGGAAACUGAAGCUAGGAGAUGCCUCCAAGGACGAGAAGGAAAGCCCGUCUAAGCUGAAGAGCAUUCUACAUGACAAGCUCAUUAGCCCUGCAGACAAAACUUUGCAAGAUACAGUGUCCCGUCAGAUGGCCGAUGCCCUUGAAGCCGAUAUGUCUCCUGAUCAGACGGAAGCGUCUAAUGUCAACAAACACCAGGUUGCCAAUGAAGUCAUAGUAGGAAGCGUUGCUAAGUCAGGUGGACCUCGCAUCAAGCAUGUAUGUAGGAGAGCAUCGGUCGCCUUGGGGUACUCGCCUGCGAGAUUAGAAGGACCAGUGCCUGCCAGCCAGGACAGCCUCAAACUGAGCGCUCUCCCAAUCAAGGAGAGGAAAAAGCUGUUUACGAGUGAUGAUGAGAACAGUGAAACAGAAUCUGGUUCGGAAGGCGAGUACCCCAGCAACGAAGCGUCUCCUCGUCUAUCGGCGCGAAAACGGAAGCCGACUGCCAAGAAACGGGCCAUGGACGGAUUUAUCAACGUGGACGAGGAACCCACCUUCAUGGACAUGGAUGACUUCACCGCCAAGAGAGAGCCGGGGAAAGUUUCGAGGCCGAAGAAGGUACCCAAGCAGAUACCAGAGAUGGGUUUCAUGCCGAUGCCAGUUGUAGAGGAAGCAAACGUGAAAAGACGAUCAAGAUGCGGGGUGUGCUCGGCAUGCUUGCGGAAGACGGAUUGUGAGAAGUGUUCUAACUGCCUUGACAAACCUAAGUAUGGUGGACCCGGUACCAAGAAGCAAGCGUGCAUACACCGCAAGUGUCACAAUCUGGUGAAGAUGAAGAUGAUGAGAAUGAAGCAGAUGAAAGCCUUGAGAAGAAUGACCAACGCUCCUCCUCCUAUGCCAGUUGAGAGACCACAGAAGGCUCCAGCUGUCCCCAAAAUUAGACCAGCUGGCGCAAGGAUCAAGAGAGCUGGAGGAGAUCUACCCACUGGAUUGGCCCUGGUCCCAAAGAACAAGAAAGGCCAAACAGGGGAUAAAGAUGAGAAGUCUGAUGCAAGCUCUAAGCCACUCCGGACAGUCAAGUUUUCUAAGAAGAUUCCUGGCAAACAUUUCAUCAAGACAGACUUCAAGGAUGACUAUGAUAUGACUGUGGCGUGGAAACGUGGAAUGGUGAUCAUUUCUUCUGAUCCUAUGAUCCCGAGGACUAUAUGCUAUCUGUGUGGUAGUAAUGGUAAACACGAUCUGGUGUAUUGCAAUGUGUGCUGUGAGCCGUUCCACGAGUUCUGCCUUGAAGACGAUGAGCGCCCUCUAUCUGGCGAGAAGGAGAACUGGUGCUGUCGGAACUGUCGGUUCUGUCACGUGUGUGACCACCAGGACCAGCUGCUGACCUGUCAUAAGUGCCACUGCAGCUAUCAUGCCGAGUGCCUUGGACCUAACUACCCAACAAAACCAUCUAAGAAAAGGAAGAUCUGGGUGUGUUCUCGCUGUGUGAAGUGUAAGAGUUGUGGUGCUACCACUCCGGGUUCCGAUCCUAAAGCCCAGUGGAUGCAUGGUUUCUCGCACUGUCAAGAAUGCGGGAAGCUCUUCGAGAAAGGUAACUACUGCCCUGUGUGUAAGAAGUGUUAUGAAGAUGAUGACUUUGAGUCUAAGAUGAUGCAAUGUGCAGACUGCAGUAGGUGGGUCCACGCAAAGUGUGAAAAUCUUUCUGAUGAUCAGUACCGGAUCCUGACCGAGUUGCCAGACUCUGUCCCAUACCGUUGCCCACCCUGCGCCAAACACAAACCAACGCCGUGGAAGGUAGAGGUCAACGAGGAGCUUCAGGCUGGCUUUGUGAAUGUCCUCAAUGCUCUCUACAACUGCAAGAGUGCCGGUCACCUUAUCUGGCCAAAUAGAAGGUUCAAGUAUAUGAGAAAGAUCCAUCAAGGGGAUUCCCGUCUGUCAUCCACCGGUCAAGAAUCCAGAGACAGCGCAGCAUCACCGGCUCCAAGCGAAGCAUCGUCUCUGGAGAGAGAAACGCCAACACCAGACAGGGGCUUAGAGGCAAGCGGAGAUGGCGGAACAUCUUCAGCACAGGAUGAUGUUGAGGAGACAUACUCAUUUAGGAGAGGAAGGACGGUGAGGAGGGUACUGAGGAGGAGACGGCAGCAGAGACACGCUGGAAUUGUGGAAGGCGCAGGGAGAGGAGAUACGGAAGGUCCAGGAGAUAGCAAAGACUCUGAGAGGGUUGGGGAAGAUGCUGCUGAUGUUGAUAGGACGUUAAAAGAUGAAGAUGGGUUGAAGAGUGAAAGUGCUGAAGUUGAUCUUGUCAUGGAAGCAGGCUCUGAGGCAAGAUCAGUUGAACAAAUUCAUCCUGUCUUUGAUAGGGAUGCAGAUAGAACUGAUGAUGGUGUCGAGAAGGUACUCCCAACAGUACAUGUUCUUGAUGCGGAUAAAUGCGAAUCCAAUGUUUCGGAAGAUGGAAAAAUAAUUGAAGAAGAUGAUGCUUUGAGGACUAAGAAAAGAGAGCAGAUGCCCGGUGAUGGGUUGUUGUCUCUCAGUACUACAGCUAAAGGGGAUGUUGUAUCUUCCGUUGAAUCAACAUCAAAACACAAAUCACAAGAGAACGCCUCUCCUGAAGGCAUUGUGCCAAAGGAUGAUGACAAUUCUGAAAGGACUACACAACCUAUGUCCUCAAGUUCCGAGGAUAUUCCUAUGAUCAGUGACGAUGCCUUGAAAUCACCUGCUGUUGUGUCUACUUCAGCAGCAGUUGAAGAUGAUCAGAACCUUGAAGUGCAAACUGUUAGUGAAACCAAAGACAGGACUGAUGUAGUUGUGAGUGGUCCUCAAUGUGUUGAUGACUCCAGUGUGGCUGACUCUCAUGGCACUGCUCACCAGGAUGGUUCAGGUGGAACCCUUGGUGAAUCCAGGAUGGACACCUCCAACCCUGCCAGUGACGGUGAGACAUCGGCUGCAGAAGAAGUGGACAUCGACGUUGAAAAUACGGAUGUCAAAGAGGAAAAGAUGGACGUGGAUGAUGCUGAUGGUGGGGAUCAACAAUCCUCUGCUGAGGAAAGAACUUGUGAAGACUCCAUUACAGCUAUUACAGGAGAUGCCACAGGAAGCCUUGAGGAUACUGCAGAAGUGGCUUCUGAUGGUGCGUUGUCUCCGAAGCUUGAGAAGGAAGAUGCAGAUGCUACGUGUACCCUUGACUUUGAGAGAAAAGAUGAUGUUGUUUCUCCUGCAGCUGUUCCUGACAUUGACCCAGACAUUCCAGAUGCAGUGAUGGAGGUGACGACAUCGACACAAUCUGAGCAGGAGGUUUGUAAGACACCUGCUAAGGUACUCACCAUCGCAAUAGGGAAAAAGGAAGAAGAGGAAGAGAAGAAAGAUGAAGAAAUUAAACCAACCAGUUUCCAGUUUGUCAAAGCUAAGAUGAUGGCAGGCUACUAUAAAUCAGUGGAGAAGUUCUGUAAGGACUGCGUGACAAUCUUCCAGGCUUCAUUCAACCAGGAAACGGACCUGAUCCCCGGGCUUUCAAAGUCCAACGUGAUCGCCAAGGGUGCGUUUCUCAAGAUCAUGACCCAGAUGUUCCCGUGGUUCAGCGUUGACGAGACGAGGAUCUGGAACGGCGAGGAGGGGUAUAAAGAGAAUGGUGUACACCAGGUGGCAGUGGAGCCCCCUCACAAGGACCAUGAAUACGCUCAAUGGAGGUAUAGAGCCUUGAUGCCGUCUAUCACCGCUCAGCCCUCGCCAUUCAAGAAACUUCCAACUCCAAGGAGGCGACAUUCCAUCAUCGGCGGUGAUGGAUGCUCAGAAGAUGAUUCUCAUAUUCUUGGUAUCGAGGACGUCUCUGACCCUAGAAGAUGCUGUCUCUGUGGGGUGAUGGGUGAUGACGACCCUAACAAUGCUGGACGAUUGCUAUACUGUGGUCAGGAUGAAUGGAUCCAUAUAAACUGUGCCUUAUGGUCUGCCGAGGUCUUUGAAGAGGUGGAUGGAUCUUUGAUCAACGUUCAUGCGGCCAUCUCAAGAGGGAGAAUGAUGAGAUGUGAAGUGUGCAAUAACUUGGGAGCAACGGUUGGAUGCUGCAGUAGGGGGUGUCCAGCAAACUUUCAUUUCAUGUGUGCCAGAUCCAGGAACGCCAUGUUCCAGGAAGACAAGAAGGUCUAUUGCUUCCAACAUGCUGAUAAGAUUGAUAAAGCAAUCAUGGGUUCUGACCUGUUUGGUGUCCUGCGCCGAGUGUGCGUCAGCCUAGACAACAUGAAACUCAACAGGACAUUCUCACAGGGUCUUGAAACCAAGAACAUCAACGUGAUGAUUGGAUCCUGGUCGCUGGAGUCGCUAGGUCACCUGGGGUUCCUGUCAGACACUGAGACCAAUCUCUUCCCCUUGGAUUUUGCCUGUUCAAGAGUGUACUGGAGUACAAUGGAUCCAUGCAGGCGGUGUAUCUAUACCAUGCGCAUCAUUGAGGUGAAUCCAUUGACCUCCCCUACGACCCCUCAGGAGAUCAACCAUACCACAGAACACAGCCCAGGCAGCUAUCCCUUCAGCAGGAAGUCCACCUUACAGGAUGAGGAUGAUACAGACCUCCUCACAGAUGCUCUCAUGGAAGCCACAAAGGAGAGCAGUGAAGCUGCAAUGGCUCUUGAUCAGGUUGCGGCCCUUCUCGCAGGGUCACAGACAGUCAGUGAGAUCCAGAACGCAGCAGAUGCACUGGCUGCAACGUCUUCACUGUUUGAGAUGGAUGAUGGUAUCCUAGAUUCCUUGAACCUUGAUGCGAAUCUGAAUUCUGGUCUUGACAGCGAUGGCAUCAUGGACAUGAUGGCUGAUCUUGGCAACCUUGAUGGUCUGAACUCCGAUGGAGACCUGGGCGAGUUAUCUGAGGCUGGAGAAAAGCUCCUACCAAAGGAUAAACCUGACUUGCUUCCACCAGGAGAUUCUGCAAGUUUGGACAUGGUUGAUUUAGUUUCAGACGCGGCUAAAGAUCUGCAAGGAGAAACCAGUACUCCUCUUGUAGAAGCACCUCAAACUACCGAGUCAGAUAUGCAAUCUGCUCCUGAAGAUAUGCAUACUCCUGAAGUAAACAUGGACAUGGUUGAAAAACCUGAAGAAGUAGGAGUGGAGGGAAGCAUUGACCACAAUCUAGAGAACACUGAAACUUCGGCUGAUGUAAGAGAAAAUGAUGAUAUUGAAAAGUCAAGUGAUCCAAGCAUUUCUGUUACUGUGGAUGAGCGUGCAGAGGUUAAAAGACCUGAUUCACCAUUAAUCAGCACCAAAAAGAUGCCAUUCGUGAAGUUAGUGGACAUCAAGGACAAGCAGCUAUCCUCUGUUGUUACAUCAGAUUCUCCAGAAGUUUCUGAUAUUUCAGAGACGUCUCAUACCUCUGUGCCAUUAGAUGACCCGUCUGAAGUAACAAGACCAGAAUCGCCUUUGAUUAGCCCAAAGAAAGUGCCCGUGUUGAAGUUAGUGAAACUUCCUUUAGAAGAACAUGAAAAGAACUAUACAGAGUCUGAAGAUGGCACUUCAGAAACCUCAGAAAUCUCUAGGAGCACAACACCUUGUUCUAACAGCAGGAACUCUUUUGAUAAUCCUCAAACUUCUGGUGUUUUGUCAGAAAGUGUACCCCAAGCACCUGAUCAACCAAGAAGUGAUCCUGGAACAAGUGAAAUUUUGGCACUUCCUUCACUCUCCAUCAGUCCAAGUGGUGAGGACUCAUCUUCAAGAGAUCAACCGUGGGAUGAAAGUCCUGAGGUCAUGGACUUACAGGAAAAAUGUGAUAACUCAAAACUUUCCAGAGAGGAAAAUGUUCCUGGUCUUGCCAACUGGGAUUCAGAACAAAUUCCAGUCACCAAGGAUCUUGCAGAUGAAUCCAAUGAUGUUGGAACUACUGUCCAGGAUGAUGGCCCUAUAGACCAAAUAGAUCAUUUUUCCUGUACAACUCAAGAGAAAAUGGAAGCUUGUUCCACUUCUAGUGUAGCACCUGAAGCAUCAUGUGAAGAACCUGUCAGGGAGGCAACCUCAGAAAUGACUGUUAGUGCCCAUCCGGAAACCAGACAAAGCACCUCUGUAAAUGAACAAACAAUUACAGAAACAGAUGUACAGGAGAGUGUCUGCCAAAUGAAAGAGGCUCUCAAGCUCACUGAAGGAAAAUGUGAUGUUCCAGAAAACCCAGAAUUCUGUGUGCAGCAACAACACAUGGACAUUGAAAUUACUCCUCAAGGUAACUUAACAGAUGAUGAAGCUGCGACUAACAUCCCCAGCUUGAGUAUCAACAAAGAGACUCCUGAAGAAGUCAAAACAAGUGAAGAUGACAAUAAUAUACCUGACCACUCCACAAUCAUUACUAUUGCCAAGCCAGAAGAACCAAGGGAUACUGACAAAGAUUGUGUAGAUGGAGCUCAGGACCAAGCAGAUGGGCAUGGGUCAAAGAUGUACCUUCCGUCUGUGCAGACUGAGGUCGAUGGGUCUGAAGAGACGAAUGAGGCAGAGAUACCUUUAGGAGAUGCCAAUCAGUCAUCACUGCAAAUUUCUUCCAAAGACCAGACAUUGGAAGCAGGGUUGGUUGAUUAUUCAGGAGAAAAAUCUCCAACUGAAAAGUCAAUAUUGAUAGAACAGACCUCCCUUCCGGUACAGCAACAGAAUAAUGAAGGUGAUAUAGUUUCAUUUGGUGACAAAAUAGCUAUAGGUGCAGUUAACGAGGAGCAGUCCAUGCCUAAAUUAGAUGAUAUUGUAUGUCAACCAGUAGAUGAAGUGGAGCCGUCACAGAGUCCAGUCAGAGGAGAAAGUGAUUGUACUCGCGAUGAAGAAACAAAAGUGGCAAACGUUUCCCAAGAGCAAGAACAUUCUAUUGAUGUACGAAGAGAAGAUGACUUUCCACCACUUUCCUCAGGAGCAGAGAAUUGUGGUUCUAGUGGUAAAGAUGAAAAGUUAGUAAAAAUGUCUGGAGAAGAACAAAUGCAUCACAUAGAAAUGAAUAUUGUAGAUGAUUCCUCAGUAGCCCUUUGUGAGGGCAUAGCAGCUGCUACUGAACCAAAUGCAGAAGAUAUGGCUACUCCAUCUUCUGUAGAACUUGAUACUGAUGCCAUGGUAGUCGAUCAAGAUUCCUGCCGCAGCACCGUCAGCAAACAAGGAGAUAUCCGUACUGAAAGUACUGAAGAAAUAGCUAUAUUAGAGGAUUUGCAAACUAAAUCUCCCAUACCAGCACAGUCUCAUGCAGAACAUGAUAGUGACCUCAUUGUAGGCACCUCCACUGGCGGCACCCUCACUGAACCGGCAGAUACCCUUCCAUUAAGCGGAACAUUUGUACAAGAUCCCCUUCCUCUAUCUCCUGUUUCAACUCAAUCUCCUGGAGCAGAUGACAAUGGUGUCAUGGCAGUCACAUCCACUAGUAGCACCCUCAAUGAGCAGGCAGAUAUCCAUAUGCAGUGUCAUGGAGAAAGUAGUUCUGUAUCUCCUGUACCAACGCAAUCUCCUGCAGAACUUGAAACAGAUGUCAUGGGAGCCACCUCCAUAAGCAGCACAUGCAGUAAACUGGAUGACAUUCUUAACCAUUAUCCUGAAGAAAGUACUGUAGAAGACAUGCCAUCUCAAUCUCCUAAACCAGCUCAAAGUUUAACAGAACUGGAAACUGAGGUUAUUGUAGAUGCUCCCACUAACAGCGCUCUCACUGAACAAACAGAUGCCUUUACUCCUCAUUUAGGAGAAGAAACCUUUGUGCAAGAUUCCCAAACUCAGUCUCCUGCAGCAGUUGACACUGAUGCCACGUCAGUCACUCCGACUAGCAGCACCAUCAGUAACAAUGCAUACACAGUAAUUGAUCGUCCAGGGGAAAGUGCCACUGUGUCAGAUACACCAACACAGCCUUCUACUAAACUUAGUGCUGGUGUAUCAAUAUCUUCCAACUCAACGAGCAGCGCAGAUGUUUUGGACCAAUCCAAUGGUAUCGAGGGACAAGAUUCAUAUCCAGCAUGUUCACCAGCUACUCACCUGCCUGUCCAAGAUGAAAACACACCCAAAGAAUCUCUACCAGACAGUUCUGACAAUGUUUUGACAGGGUUUCUUGAUGAUGACAGUUUAUCAAUCCCUGAAGAUGUCUGUCAUGAGGUACAAGAUGUGAGCAGUGAUGAGGAGGUUGAACCCAUCCAGAGAUUAGAAGAACCUGAUCCAAGACUUGGAGACUUGACAAGUACUCAGUCACCAUCUCACACCUUACAGGAAGACACAACUAGACCUGAAGUUGAUACACCAACUGAUGUUUACCAUGAACUUCCAAAGGACACAAGACAAGAUCAUUUACAAGAAGAGACUGUGAGCGAUGUUACAAAUGUAGACUCUAAAGUGGCAGAUCUUCGAGAACCAUUGAGGAAACUUGAUUCUGGUUGCAUUCCUGAACAAUCUCCAACAUCACUUGUAAAUGAGGAUAAUACAUGUUUGCCAAUGGCAUCAGCAGAACAAAAUGAGAAAGUAGCGGGAGAUGGGCAAACUCAUAUCAGUACUGGUCAUAUUAUGGUAAUACCAUUCGAUGGUGAUAGUGGUGUUUCAGCUUCUAAUCCUGUCAAGCAUGAAGAAAGAAUGUUAGAAGACCUCACUCAACACAAGACAAAACAAAAGGAAACGGGUGAUUCAUCAGAGACAUCUGCAGCUGCACGAUUUGUACAAUCUGAGAAUGAAGGAAUCAAUAUUGAGGACGAAGGGCAUUAUGAAAACCAAGAGCUCUCACUGAACCACAGCAUUGAAGGCAAAGCCGAAGUCCCUGAAGUUGGUCUCAAUUCUAAAAACUUGACAGAAGAAUUAAUAAUGCAGGGGGUAGGGGAAGAAGAUAUCAUGGGGAUUGUUGCAUCCCAGAGAUCAUUGUCACAGAAUGUCCCAGAUGGUACCAAACCAGUGGUGGCUGUCAUUAGAACACCUCCAAGACGCCUUAGCUCAGACCCAGAACACGAGUCUAUCUUCAAGGCACUUGCAUCAUCUUUAUCAAAUUCACUGGGAAAGAAAAACAACAAUAAUCGGAAGAGUCCUAGAACACAGGAAAGGGAACCCAUUCUGUCUGCAUUUGCUUCUGAUCUUAACUAUAGAUGUCACAAAGAUGCUAAAGAAAGUGAUCCUGUCAAGAAUGAGUCAAAUAAGACUGAAAAUAUUGUGUCUCCUACCACAUCAAGACAUCUCUUUAAGAAGUUUGACAGCCCUAAAUUUGCUAAUGCUUUCAAGUCUUUCAUGGAAACAAAGCAAAAAUCUCUGGGGAAGGUAGUAGAUGAUAUGUUAGAUAAAGAUUUAAUUCCUGAAGAGAAGACUGAUGAGACUAAGAAAAGGAGAAGCAGCAGGCUCGCCGGCCUUGAUCUCUCCUCUGAAAGGUUUCACCAUGUGCUGCCAAAUGGAGACGACUCGCAUUUAGCGGGUUCCCUCAAAAACCCUGAUCAGAUGAAACGAAGGACGCGUCACAGUUCUUCAGAUGUUGUGGAAAGUGACGAUUCGUCCUCAAAAUUAGAUGUUCUGGAUGUUGGUCACAGAGGCAGAAAAAAGUAUCCCAUGCGAACUACUUCUUCAAGAUUACUGAGAAUUGCUGACAGCGGGGAUACAGACAACCAGGUGUUUUCACAAGAAGGGAAUACUAUCCCUGAUCAAGAAUUUCUGGAAGGACAAGAUGAAAAAACUGUUAUCAGGAAGUAUGGUGAUGGUAAUGAUGGUAAAAGACGGCUGUCCUCAGAUGAAAUUCUAAAAAGCCCAAGAUCAAACCAAAGAAAAAAGUCCUAUCUUGUCAGUCAGCAAGAUGAGUUUGUUGGUGAUCAGGAGGAGAAGGAGAAUGAGGCUGUCAAAGGCAGGAGAGAACGUCCAAAGAAAUCCAUUGAUUCAAUGUGGAGCCCGGAAAAGGAAUGCGGGACACUGAAUCAUAUCGAGGCUGAAGAGGUUGAAGGGAGACCAAUGAGAACAAGGGGACUCUCCAGGAAGUCAAGUUCGAGAAUAAAGGAAAUCAUUGCAGCAGAGCUUGAGGACGAUGAUGACGAGCAAGAAACAGAGAUCGUUCAGAAGAGAGGAAGAGGAAGGCCAAGAAAGUAUCCCACUCCAGUAGUUCAAAACAAGAAUGAAGUCCAAAACAACAAAGGAAGAGGGAGACCAAGGAAGUCUGAAUACAAUGAUAAAGAACAAGGUUUUUCGAUUGAACAAAAUGAAGCUAGAAAACGCUGUAGAGACAGUUCUUGUGGUGAUAGAGAAGUGUCUGAAGAGGGAGAACCUGGAGAUGAAGCCAUGCCUAAAAGGAAACGCACGAUGCUCUCGGAUCAGCCAACAGAAAAGGAUGAAAUUCUUGAUCCUAAUGAAUGUGGUGAUGAUGACAGCAAGAAGAGAACAAGAAGUGAAUUAACAAGUACAUCUGAUGAGGAACAACAAGAAUCAGAGGAGCAGUUUCCAAGAUUGAGGACAAGAAGCUCUGCAAAGAGAUUAAAACCUGGAGAGCAGCCUAUAGAGGGUGAAAGAGAAAUGGACAGCAACUCUGAUCUUAUCACCCAAGAAAGAGAAAUAAAUUCCAAUAAAGAGUCUGUGGUUACUCUUGGAACCCCUGGAGAUGGAAUGGAGGGUAUGCACAUUGGUGCAUCCAAGCAAGACAUUGCCAUGCCAGACGAGGCAGCAGUGAUACAAGGGAAAGUUGCAUUGACUGCAGAGCCAGAGCAGUCAAAGGAAGUAGAUUUCUCCAGUGAGUCUCAGAAGAAGAACCAACAUUCUAAAAAAAAGGUGAGAAUCUCUGUGAAGAUAGAUCCUGUGACAGGAGCCAUUUCUGAUGUUAUGACUUGCAGUGAUGUUGAGUCAACGGAAGAUGAUGAGAGCAUAUCCGAUGACCCACCACCACCACCAAAAGUUCUGUCCAUUGAAGCUAAAUCACCUCAGCCUAAGUUGCCUGUCCAGACACCAUGGGAUAUAUUCAGCAAAUCCACACAGGGAGCUUCUGACCUGCCCAACAAUAAUCAGAAGAUCUUCCAUGUUCAGACAAAGUCCAAUACAGGAACAAAGAAGAUGAUCAUUGGCAAAGACGUUACUACAAAUGAAGUCAUCUAUGGGAAUUUUCCAAGAAGUGUCAGGAAUCCUGCAGUGGGCCCAAGGUUCCGGGGACCAAAUUUAAACCGUAUCCCUGGUGUGCAGCAUAACAACACCAGACAGGCAAGGACAAGGGGACCAUUCUCAAGAAGUAGUCCAGUUGUGUGGGAGGGCUAUACUCUGAAAUCUAGUGCUGAUGCCAAAUUAGUCAAUGGUCCGGGUGUUUCACAGCAAGCAAGUGCCAGUUUGCAAUCCUCGUUUCCACAGAAGAUACAAGGUAGUGUUGCGAAUGUUGCUGGACAGCCCAUGUCAAUGACUGGGCAACCAAUGUCCAACAACCUGCCCAACGCUGCUUCUAGUGUGCUUUCAUCUCAUGGAAUGCCAACUUCUCAAGGUUUCCAACAUGGACCCCGAACAACAGUAGUGGCAACGACCACUGUUAGCACUUCAGGCUCUGCUGAUGUCCUAUCGGUGAUCACCUCUACAGCUGCUUCUAGUACUCUUACCAGUUCCGCUCAAGAACAAUACCUUUCUAUCCUUCAAAGGUCAUAUCAGGGUGCUCAGAUGCAGCAAGCCAGUGUUUUAUCAGGAAUGAUGCAACAGUCCUACCCACAGACAGGUCUGCUCCAAAACCUUGGUAUGCCACAUAGAGGUGCGGUCAGUCCAGAAGUGACACCAUUCAUCAACCAAACGCAUCCAGCCAUCAUGGCAUCUCCAACCCUCCAGACCUUACAGACGAUCAUCCAGCAGGCUGGGGUUCAGUCAUCCAUGGGCCAGAUGACACCAAGUGCUUCCUCGCUCACACCCAGUCCCCCUCGUAUCAUUCCAGUCAGUCCUCUCGUGCCAACCUCCCCAUUGGACAACUCCAUCUCAGGGCUCAUCACCUCACUUUCUCAACCUUUCCCACAACAGCCUGCAGUAGUUCAACUCGAUAGUUAUAGUGAAUCAUCUCCAUUCCAUAUUGAGCACUUGUACGCGAGACAGAAGCCUGGUGGAGCCAGCAAGAGACGGAAAACCCCUCAUCAGGUCAAGGUCUGGUUCGAUUCCUACGGCAAUUUGAAGAAUGAAGACGAUGAAAACGAGGAUACACCAAACAAUGUCCAUAGUCCGUCUCCUGUCAAAUCCCCACUGGCCAAAUCGCCGCCUGUCAAGUUGUAUUUGGUCAAACCACCAUCGGUCAAGUCACCUAUCAGGAUGAAGAAUCCAACCAACUCGUCGAGGGCACGUGUCAAGAACCCGACCUUCGGUGUGGACGAACCCAGAAGCAGCAAGUCUGCGAUCAAGAUGUCCAAGAAGAAAUCCAAAGGUUCUGAUGCUUCGUCAAGUUGGAAUUCCACCACCAAUCUUGAUCCUUUCGCUGGCCUGUCGGGUGAAGAUGCAUUCCUCGCCGCCAUGCCAAACCUCGGCCAGCCCGAUUACCAUGAUGAUAGCCCCUCCCUACUCCUCACCUUGAUGGAGCAGGAGAAGAGGCGUGGCCCCAGUACCACGCCCCGCCGGCCAUCCAACCGACCUCAUCUGAUGUUUGAGAUACGGAGUGAUGAUGGGUUUGAGACGAGGGCUGAGACGAUGGAGGAGGCGUGGGGCAGGGUGGUGGAGAGGGUUGGUGAGCUACGCACUAAUACAAGGAGGAAACAUUUGUCCUUUGAUGGCGUGAAAGGAAUGAAGGUGCUUGGUAUCACACACGAAGCCAUUAUCUAUCUCCUUGAGCAGCUCUAUGGAGCAGGGAACUGCCAUAAUUACAAGUUCAAGUUCCACAAGCACGAGGAAACACCAGAAGAUGAUGAGCCUCCAGUUAACCCCCACGGCUGUGCCAGGGCAGAGGUCUUCAAGCGAACUUCGACCUUUGACAUCUUUAACUUCCUCGCUUCUCAUCAUCGUAACCGACCGAUCUUCAGUGAGGUUGAGCAGCAGGACGAGUCCUCCGACAUCCAGCAUAAAUCAUCGAGGAGAGCGACUAGCCUUCAGGAUCUGCCCAUGGCGAUGAGGUUCAGACAUCUGAAGCAAACAGCUAAGGAAGCCGUCGGUGUAUACAGGUCUGGUAUCCAUGGGCGUGGUCUAUAUUGUCGCCGCCCCAUUGAGGCUGGGGAGAUGGUGAUUGAGUACAGCGGUACAGUCAUCAGGUCAAUUCUUACCGAUAAGAGAGAGAAAUAUUAUGAGAGCAAGGGUAUUGGAUGUUACAUGUUCCGUAUUGAUGAUUUUGAUGUUGUUGAUGCUACCACCCACGGCAAUGCAGCUCGCUUUAUCAACCAUUCAUGUGAUCCCAAUUGUUUCUCCCGAGUGAUCGAGAUCGGAGGUCAGAAGCACAUCAUCAUCUUCGCCAGCCGACGCAUCGCAAGAGGGGAGGAGCUGACGUACGACUACAAAUUCCCAAUCGAAGAAGUGAAGAUCCCAUGCAAUUGCGGGGCCAGGAAAUGUCGCAAGUACCUGAACUAGUGAAGAAAAAAAAAACCUCGUUUAGAAGCUCCAUCUUGCAGAAGUGCUGAUAGUACGAAAGGUUAGAUGAUGACAGAUUCCUGAUCGAAGAGACAAAAAUACCUUGCAGUUGUGGCUCCAGGAAAUGCCAGAAGUGCCUCAACUAGUGCAUACACCUCUGUUGAGAAGCCACGUUUUGUAGAGUUGCUGUCUGCACAAAAGGAAAAAACAUUCUCCGACUGCAAAUUCUUCCUUGAAGAGGGGUAGAAAUCCUGCACUUAUGGUUCCAAGAAACAUUUGCCGUAGGAGUUUUCUGCAAUAAACAUUCCCAAUGGAAGAGGCCAAGACUCCCUCCAGGUCAAGGGAACCCAACUAGGUGAGCAGAACUGAAGCAGGGAAGAUGGAAACAACUUCUGCUACACCUUAUGCUGCAGAUUGUUUAAAAAAAAGUUCUGCUACACCUUAUUAUGCUGCAUAUUGUUCCAAAAAGCUUGACUUUCAACGGAGACAACAUCGUCGUUAUCUAGUCUGCCAGAGUGCCAGUCGAUGUGAAAAAGACCACCAUGUACAACUGUGUCACCAGUAAGCAUCUUUAGUCUGUGAUGGAGACCGACUUAAAGUGCAGAAUACAAUCAAACUUGUCUAUUAAGCCCAUAAUCGGGAAACAGAAAAAUAGGCCACUAGAGACAGGCCUUCCUAGUCAAGCUCUAUGACACAUAUUCAUGUCAAGUGGAAGACAGCUUUGAUCGCCACUAAAGUAGGUCUACUCUGAAGACAUGUUUUGUCUAUUGGCGGGUGUCUGCUCAGACUGGUUGACUGUAUUCCCAAGUGGUCCAGGGCCCCUUCAGGAAAUGCCAAAGUGUUAUCUUCUUAACCUCUUCCAGCCAUUCAUCUUGGGCAGAGGUGGUUUUGUUCCUGGUAGUGGGAUGCUCUGAAUAUAACUAUUUUGACUUUAACUUGACAAAACUCCCAACGUAUUUGAAGCGACUUCCCUUCUUUGAGGUUUCAGUAGCCCAGGAAUAUGUGCUUGAAUGACACCCAAUUGUUGACAUCAUUUCAACAACCAAAGAGGAAGGUUAUUUGACUCCUACCCUGUGACCUUUGACCUCCAGGUCGCGCAGGAGGCACAAACUCUCAGGACAACGUUAAAAAUGAAAUAUACAGUGCUCAUAGAUAUAAUAGUUGUUCACUUUUAAUUUUUUAGCAAUAAAGCUGUGCUGUUAUAAGAGCAUUUCUAGCAGAGUCUACAAAGAAUUAUAUAGAAGUACUAUGUGCUAGAUAUUUUUACCUCAGUGCUGAAUAGUUCAAGUUGUUGUUGUUGUACUUGAUGUCUAUGCAGCUUUUGUAGUGAUAUGUUAGUGAAUUUACAACUGAGUAUGCCUAGGUCAAGUCUCUUGGGGACCUCAGAAGUAUGUUGGAUUUAUGCGAAAUUCAACUUAGAAACGGUCAAUAACAUGUUUUGCAUAAUCUUGGAACCAUUUCAUAAAGACUGACACCUAUGGUAACUUUAUAAUUAAGGUAUCUACCGUGGAAACCUUGAUUUUGAUUGGCUGCUGAGCCCUGUUACCAUGGUAUUUACUAUGAUAGCAAUGUUGCUGUUGAAGUAAAUCUUUAUGAAGUGUACCCUAAUAUGCAAAAUUACUGUCACUUUGGUGAGGUUUUUAACAUACAGAAGUUUGACUUAUGCAUACUCAACUGUGUCUCAUACAUGUAGAUAUUUGAAACCCCGAGUAAUAUAUUCAUUUUCUGUUGAACUGUUUGUCAUGGAAACCCUCAAACUUGAUUACUUCGAUGUAGUCAAUUGGAGUAAAACAUAUUAACAUUGCAGAAAGGAUUUUGGUUCUCAUUUCAUGUAUAUGUAUCAUAUGUUUCACUUUUUGUGUUCCUCCUUCGAUUAAGUAGGAUCAAGGGGAUCCAUUUUUAUUUUUCGUCUGAUAGAAAUCGAACUUGAUUCACUCUUUCCUUAAUGUUCAGACUUUGACGUUUCUGAAAAAAUUGGGGUCUGCCCAAUUUCAAGACAUCCCUUUGAGAUUUCACCUUGCUGGGUUGAUUUAAAAUUCAAGCCUGAAUCAGAAGCAUUUUUCUUUUAAUUUGUUGGCUUGGAACCCCCUUUUUUUAUCUAGGUUUUCCUCCUUUUUCUUUUCCGGAAUGGUGUUCUUUGCUAUUACACUGCAUUGGUAUUGUGAAGGGAACUUGAUUGCAGUUUUCUGUGUACCUGUUAUUUUUCAACAUCAUUAAGGAAAGGACUAAAUCACUAUGUUGAAUAUAAUUUCGAAUUUUAGAUAAUAAUCGACUUUGUUUGUACAAUCAAUGAAUUUCAACAUGCCAUGUAUUUUCGUUCAGCUGAGACAAAAUCACAGUGUAAGAGGUUAUUUAUGAAUUUGAUAUUUUUAAAUUGUUAAUUGUACAUAGUUAUUCCUUGUAUCUAUUGUAAUAUUACAAACAUUUCAGUUUUCAAAACAUUCCUAUUAAACGGAAGCCACAUUUCUUUGUGUGUAUGAUCUUGGUAUUCAUUAAAUUCAGUUUGAGCUGUCUGAUGGGCAGUUCUUUAGCCUUUAGUAUUGCUGUCCUCCUAUGUUGACAUUCGCUACCAUUUUGCAUUGCCUUGAUUUGAUAUUAAAUCAUUUCAAUGACCACAGCAUCUUCAAAAUAACUAGUUUGGGUUUCAUAAAGACUUGUUAUAAUAGCAAAUGCACAAUUUCUAUACCAAGUUCUUUAUCAGCCAAUCAUAUCGAAUGAUUUUAGUAGCUUUAAACUGUUAUUGGGAAUUUGUUGUAACAGGUUUUAUGAAAAGGGGCCCAAGUUUGGAUAAGAAUGUACAGGGGCCUUUUGCAUAAAAGUUGCAAUAUGUUUUAUGGGAUCUUUUGCCAUCCAAUGGUAACUACCAUGGUAGAGUGAUCAACCACUAAUUAUGCAUGGCAAAUUUACUGGAUGCAUGGCUAGCCAUGCGUCGGUACUUACCUAUGCAUGGAUGUGAAAAAAUUUCGAUAGGACUAGUGAGCAUGCGGUUACUAUGGAAACUAGUCUAAAUUCACUCUGCUGCACCUCGUGGGUUUAACAGUUCCAUAUUUACAGUAUGCUCACAAAAUCUACCGUUGCACUUACAUCUGUGCACCAUUUGUAUACUAUAAGAUGGUACAGUUGCCAUAAUAGUAACUUUUAUUUGUGUGUUUGAUCAGGUCUUGUUUCGUAACCGAUCUCAGUGUACAGAGUUACCACCAAAUUAUUUUCCAACUCUGUGCCUGGAAGAUUUAAAGCAACAUCAAUCUGUGUUAAAAAAAAUAUUUGGGCUUGGUUUUGGAGCGACCCUGGCACCACCCUCCCCCAUCUGUAUUCUAUUAUUGUUAUUAUCAUUAUGCUUGUUUUUUUUUAUUAUUAUUUUAUUUUAUCAUUACUACUAAAUUAAACUUAUGCCCGUAUUGGAGUUUGUGCAAUUCUUGAAAUUUUCUGAAUAUUCUCAUGAAUUUUUCCUUCUUUGUUUUCAGCAUUAUUAAAGUUCUCUCAAGUGUUGAAAUGCAGAAAAGACAGAUUAUUUAGAAAUUAAAGGAAAAAAUCCUGAAUGCACAAAUAUUUAUGUACAGUACACUGUAUAUGAUUCUGUAGUUGAUAUUACCUUGGGGAAACAGGCUUGUAUUCAUGCUAAGGACACAGUUGCCAAAUCACCAGACUUUGUAUUUUAACAGAAUUAAUUUCUUUUGUAAGUAACUGAUGAACUUUCAAAAUUAAAGCGGUUGUCUGCUUUAUUUUUGUAUUCCUUGUUUCAAGUAUUUUAGCGCUUCCUUUAAACCUGAUAAAAUAUGGUGUAAUGUUCAUUUGUGAUGAAGUAUUUAGAAAGUGCAUUUUUUGUUUGUGAUGAUGAUGAUGAUGGGUUCUUGUAUAGCGCCGGUAUCCGCCUCAGCUGGGCGCUCAUGGCGCUUGUGUUGUUACGCCAGGAACGAAAGUUAUUCCCUUUCUAAGUUUCCUGCUAAUUAGAUAUGUGAAUUGUCAAUGCAAAUAAAGUACUUUUAGAGUUUAGUAGAUAAAGAUAUGUCUGUAUUGCCAUAAUAUAGAGACUGAGAUUUAAUGUUUAUAGAGUGGUGAAACUUCACUCUUGUAAAUAAUUUGUGUUUCUAUUCAUUUCUCUCUAUGAUCAGAUAAUCUCAGUUGUUUGUCUCGUAUUGAUAGAUCUCCUUUGUAAGUGCUGUUAUUUUAUCUGUUUUUGUGUGAACUGUACUUUUAUGUGUAUUUUGUCAAAAUAGGAAUAUAUUCAAAUGAGUUAUGAUCAUAUUUAUUCUUAUUCUGAGGCAAAUUAAAAGGUUGAUAGUGUUUUUUGAACAAUUUA